AUGCCAGAGAAAAUGGAAACAGAAAGGCCAUCAUUAAAAUAUCAGAAUUUUUCUGAAAAAUAUGCUGAACAACCAGAAGACUACAACAGACAGUAUUGUAGUAUAUAUUUGGCCCGCUUAAAUGAAAUGGAAAUAAUACUUAAAAACUCAAUUAAGCAUAAAUGGGGUGAUACUUAUCCAAUCAUAAAACUGCAUAAAUUAACGGAAGAAGACAAAGAUAAGUGUGUAGUAAUUGGAACUAUAUUUAAAGAUCAGAAACUAAAACCAUCGAUUCUCAAGGAAUUGUCUGAAGCUAAUCAGCUUGUAGCAGAAACCAAUCCUAUUAUUAAUAAUAAUUUUACAGAUGAUUCUGAUAAAUUAUUUAUAGAGGAUGAAGUCCAGAGGUAUGAGAUCGAUGGUGUUCCUUUAAGUGAUGUAGUAACUGGAAUAACAAUUGCUCUCCUGGGGUCAGAUGCUGGUAAAGGGAAAUUUAUAGCUGAAGAUUAUGUAUUUGCAGGAUUAAGAGAACAAAUAGAAAAGCCUUUACUUCAGGAGGAUAACUAUGUAGUAUUUUUAAGUGGCUUAGAUCUCAUCAACUGUGAAAAAAUAAUGUGGAACUUGGAAUUGUUAACGUUUUGGUUGAGUGGCAUGUUAAAUGAUGAAAGUGUAGUACCAAAAAUUGCUAGAAUAAUUAUUGCUGGAAAUAGUAUCAGAAUACAUUCAGAAAAAAGAAAACCAACUAUAUCUCUUAUUAGUAGAGUUGCUGAAACUGAUGAAAGUGUGGAAGCUGUUAAGGCUUUUGAUAACUUCUUGUCUCAAAUAUGUGGAUUAGUAGAGGUAGAUGUGAUGCCUGGGGAAAAUGAUCCCUCUAACCAAAUCCUACCACAAAAACAAAUGCAUCACUGUAUGUUUGCUAACUCAGCCACAUACAAAUCCUUACACCUGGUACCCAAUCCAUAUGCUUGUUCUUUGGAAAACAUAAAUAUUUUGGGAACUUCUGGCCAACCUGUGCAACAUGUUAUGUGGUAUUCAGAAAAUAAUACACCCAUCCAAGCUUUAGAAAAAUGCUUAGAGUGGGGACACAUAGCUCCUACUGCUCCUGAUACUUUAGGAUGUUAUCCUUAUUACAAAAAUGAUCCAUUUAUCAUUGAAAAGUGUCCCCAUAUUUUCUUUGCUGGAAAUCAGGAUGAAUUCAGUACUAAACUAAUUGAAGGUGCUCAAGGUCAAAAAGUGAGAUUAAUCAGCAUUCCAAAGUUUUGUACUAGUCAUCAAGCAGUACUUCUUAACCUGAAGAAUCUGGAGUGUACUACCAAGAUUUUUGACACGCUUUAA